AGCUGGUUGCACCCAGAACCAUGCUGGGAGAAAUGGUGGUUUGGAGAUCUCUGGGUAGUGGAAGAUUUUCUCUGUAUUAAUUUGCAUUUGUAUGCAAAGCAAAUCUCUCUCACCAGCCCUUUAUGCAGUGAUUGUACCAUGGAAUUUGCCACAAUGCAUUUUGAGGGCAACAUUCCUGAAUUUGUUCGCAUUAGCAAGAAAACUACCAGGAGGAUUAAUCCACUGCUCGAGCACAUUAAGAAGGCGCAAUUAAUUGAUUUGUGCCAACGAAGAUGCCGGUACAAAAAAUGUUGAUCAACACUGAAGGUGGAUUACCCGAUUCCACUUACUUCUACGUAGAUUUGUCAGUAGACUGCAGGUUUGAAAAAUCAAGCAAAAUACUUAAGGAAAUCAUGGCACAAGUUGGAACUACACCAGUUAUACAAGAAGAACCUUCUAGUGCCGAAAAUCUUCUGGCAGUAAAAUUUCUUAUGUCAGCACUGGAGUCAAUGUGCCAGGAAAUUGCAAAGUCAAAAGCUGAAGUGGCAUGUAUUGCUGUAUAUGAGAAAGAUAUAUUUGUGGUGGGGACUGAACGAGGAAGAUCUUUCAUUGGGAACCGAAAGGAUUUUCAAACUGACUUUGUGAAAUACUGUGUGGCUGAAGAUCAAAAGGCAGCUCAAAGGCUAGGAAGUAAAGCUAUACCUUGUGUGACUCCAACUGGUAUGGAUAACCAGGCUGACAUUGAAAAGUUCAGAAAAUCAGUUGAGGAUUUGUUCUGCUUGCUUUAUGGUAAAGCUCUUGGAAAACCUGCUCCAAUCCCUGUGCCUUAUGAAAAGAUCUUUAAGGACCCUGCUGCUGUAGCAAUACAAGGAUUACCUGAUGGUGUAUGCUUUAAACAUCCAUCAAAAUAUGACACUACAACAUUAAAAAAGAUUUUGGAGCAAAAGUCAAAAAUUAUAUUUACAGUAAAGAGGCCAUUUCUGGACACUGCCAUUCAACAUGUGGAAACAAAACGGCCAACUGGGAAGGAGAAUACACAGAUGCCACCUGGCAGCUUUGUUCCAGUUAAGGUGAAAACUGAGCCAUGUGAUGAUAACCAACCGAGUACAUCAGUUGAAUCAGUUCCAAUCAAAGCUGAAGCGGAAGAUCCAGAUUAUUAUCGAUACAGUGUUCAAGGGCCAGGUGUGACUACUACAGAUGACAUUGAUACUGCAAGAGCUUCCCAAUCAAAGUCUUACAAAGGAGGAGAGUUACAGAAUGAAGCCAAUGUAUCAAGUGAUGAGACUGAAGAGGAAUUUACAGCAGAUGAUUCAACUCAGCAAGAGCAUUCUGAAACUAGUGAAGACCCAGAAGUAGAAGUUACUAUUGAAGAUGAUGAAUAUUUCCCACCAAAUAAGCGACCAAAGGCUACUGUACAGUCGACGGAUGCUGGGGCCACAGUGAAGCGGAAAAGUAGGGAAUUCAAUUUUGAACAAUGGAAUGCUAGAAUUACUGAUUUAAGAAAACAAGUGGAAGAACUCUUUGAAAGGAAAUAUGCUCAAGCAACUCUAGCUACUGGACCAGUUGUGAUCCCGUAUCCACUCUUCCAGUCCAAUUCUGAAGAUCUUUGUGUUGAUGGUUUACCUGAGGGGAUUCCAUUCAGGAGGCCGUCCACCUAUGGAAUUCCAAGAUUAGAAAGGAUACUUCUAGCAAAAGACAGGAUAAAGUUUGUUAUAAAAAGACCAGAACUGUUAACUAAUGAGCGUGAAGAAACAACUCCAGACAAAGUGGUUCCAGGAGCAAAAGAAGAGUGGAACACCAGAAUCACUAAACUAAGGAGGAUGGUCGAAGAACUCUUCAGCAAGAAAUAUGCUGAAGCCAUGGGACAGACACAAGCAAUGAUUGUUCCCUAUCGGAGAUUUGAAUCUUAUCCUAAAGACCUCUACGUGGAAGGUUUACCCGACAACAUUCCAUUCAGAAGUCCUUCUUGGUAUGGAAUUCCAAGGCUAGAGAAGAUCCUACAAGCAAGUAAUCACAUUAAGUUUAUUAUUAAAAGAUCAGACCUACUGGUGAACGAGUCAAGUGAGGCCAAUAUGCAGAGAUCAAGCCCAACAGGAAAAGAAGAUUGGAAUAUUAGAAUUACCAAACUCAGAAAACAGGUUGAGGAGAUUUUUAAUACAAAAUUUGCUGAAGCUCUGAAUCUUCCACAACCAGUGAAGGUGCCAUAUCCAUUAUUUGAGUCCAAUCCACAGCACCUCUAUGUUGAAGGAUUACCAGAUGGAAUUCCUUUCAGAAGCCCGACAUGGUUUGGAAUACCUAGACUGGAAAGAAUUAUUCGAGGCAGUGCAAAGAUUAAAUUUAUUGUGAAAAAGCCAGAAUUAGUAGAGCCUUACCUUCCUGAUGGGUUAAAAAAGGGAAAAAGCACUGAUGGGACCCCACCCACCAACAGAGGGAGGAGACGUGUUUCCCGUCCAUCUGAGCCCAAUUUGACCCGACCUGUCAAAGACUCAAGCAGUUCUCUACCAGAGAAGGCAGCACAAGUAUUGACUCCGAGCAGCCCAGAGAUAGAAGUUACCAUAGAAGCUUCUGAUGAAACACCGCCAGUGAAGACAGUUGGAAAUAACACUCAAGCAAAUGGUUCAAAUGUUGCCUCAAAUGCCAUAUUCAAACCAAGAGGCAGGGAGUUUUCAUUUGAACAAUGGAAUGCCAAAAUUACUGAGUUGAAGCAACAAGUGGAGACGCUUUUCAAUGAAAAAUGUAGUGAAGCAUUGGGUGUUUCAGAGCCAGUGAGAGUGCCCUAUGCACUAUUUGAAUCACAUCCAGAUGAUUUCUAUAUUGAAGGUUUGCCAGAUGGUGUGCCCUUUAGGAGGCCGUCAACCUUUGGAAUUCCUAGACUGGAAAAGAUUCUCCGAGCAAAAGCUAAAAUCAAAUUUAUAAUUAAAAAACCUGAUAUGUUUCAGACUGCAUUACAGGAAGCUGCCAAACGACCCCUAACAAGAUCGCAAACAUCCUCUGAAGAGAAAACCCCUGAAGUGAAAAAGGCGAUGACUACUACUAUUGCUCCAACUGUUGCAGGUUUAGGAAAUCGAGCUGGUGGGUUACCGACUGCGGCAGGUGUUGAAGACCUUAACAUCAUUCAAGUUACGGUCCCAGAAGGUGAAAACGAAAAAGUGUCCAAGGUGGAAAAAGCUAGACAACUGAGAGAACAAGUAAAUGACCUGUUCAGCAAGAAAUUUGGUGAAGCAAUCGGAAUGAAUUUCCCAGUGAAGGUUCCUUACAGAAAGAUAACUACAAACCCUGGUUGUGUAAUAGUUGAUGGUAUGCCUCCAGGAGUUCCAUUUAAAGCACCCAGUUACCUUGAAAUAAGUGCCAUGAAAAAGAUCCUGGAGUCUGCAAACUUUAUCAAAUUUACAGUUAUAAGACCUUUUCCAGGACUCCUGAUUAAUAACCAGCUCGCUGAACAAAGUGCAGCAGAAGCUCCAGCAGUGUCAACUGGAGCAACGGCAUCUGCAUCCAUACUACCAACUGCCUCACUGGUACCACCUCCAACACUUGUGCUACCAACUGCACCACUGGUACCACCUACAGCACAAGAUACAUCUCAAAUACAAGAACUGCCUAAAAUAAAAGAAGAGCCAAACUCAACAUGGUAGUAGGAACUCAUAAGAGUGCAGACAUGAUGUCAGUCUGCGUGAGAAAUCUCAGCCUCCAGAAUCAUCCAGUGUGGAGGUGUGAGCUUCAGAAAGCUUGGGCAUCAUUGUAUUAUAACUGUACAACAUAGGAAAAAUGUUUGCUUAUAUCCUGACCUUUUUGUACCAUUGGAAAGAUUUUUUUUCUUUUUUAUCAGCACAAGAUAAUUGCUUCUGUGAAAUUCACCAAAUUUUGUCUCCAUUGGUUGAGGGAGUGUUCUGUACAUCUGACUUGUCAACCAGAAUACCUUUAUUAAAGUGAAGAAAAAAUACUUUUGUUUGUACUGGUGGCACCAUUUGUGUUGAAUGUUUGUAUUUGGCACUAAUUGGUUUGUGAGCUGUCUCAUGUUAGAGGCAAUAUUUUUGAUUAUUGUAACUAAUCAUUGCUGAAAUUGUACCUCCCACCACCCCUUACCCAAAAGUUUAUAUAUAAUGUACCAACAAACAAUGAAAAUGAAAACUUAAAUCCAAAUUAUGGAUAGUUUGAAUAUUUCUCAUUUCCAGGAUUCUGUGAUCUAUGUAAUCCCUUGGUAGUAAGGAGCAGUCAGGAAGAUUUGACCAAUAUCUAUCAGUCCUGUUAUGCUCAGUCAGUGAAAGGAAAUAAUUUUUCUGAUAGUUAAAUCAGUCGAGGAAAAUUGAAGGAUCAGUUUUGGUUUUCAUGUCCCAUAAAGAUAUUGACAUUUAAUCUAAUUAAAAAAAAAUAUUGGGAGGUGGGGGAAAAGAUGAUUGGUGGAAAGCAGGAGUCCAUUAAAUGCAAAAAAGGAUGGAUGGUUAAAAAAAAGAUUAAGUCUAGAGGAGCAGUAGUCUUACCAGUAUCCCACCGGCAAAGUUGUAAGUAGUGAGUGUGAUCAGAAGUUGAUGAACUCCAUGAAGUACCUCGUCAAAAAGAAUUACGCUUUUUCAAGCUUCCCUUUUUAGUUUUGUGAAGUCACAGGUAGGAAUAGAACAGUGAAUUAAAAUGGCAACCAAAUGUAAGAUUAGGAUCAGGUUUUAGGACUGAAUGGAAAGUGGGAGGAACUUUAGGGUCACCUGUUUCAUCUCGUUUGCAGAGAAAGGUGCAGUAUGUCGAGCAAGUGAAAGGAAUCGGUUAUUUCAAUGCAACUUGAAGUGAGAAAAAUUAUGCUAAAACUUACAAUUUUGUACAGUCUGAACUAUUACAGCAACUUGAUGACAGAUCCCUGUCUCAAGAUACUAAUGACAGAUAUUGAAUAUUUAGAAACACAAGACCACAGAAGCUGGAAUCUGGAGCAAAAAUGGUGCCUCACUCCUCCCCCCCACCCCACCUCUAUUUUUCCUAUUGUCCAUUCAUCCCAUAGAGCCUAUGCUAGCUACAAGCAGAGAAAUCCCAUCAGUUUCAUUCCCGCUCUGCUUUAUUCUGAUGUAUCCCUACUUCUCCUUCAUGUCCAUCAAAGCCCCAUUGAUUCUUUUCUCAAAUUACUAUCCUAAAAUACCAAGGGGUAUUUUACAAUAGCUGUUUAAGCUACCAGCAUUUCUUUAGGGAACGGGAGGAAAACACAACACCUCCUGGAAACACAUGGAAUCAUGGUGAGAAUGUGCAAACCUCAAAACAGACAGCGCCUUCAGUCAGGAUUGAAUCCAUUUCCCUGGAGAUAAGGCUGUGCUACCCUUUAAUCAGUUUGGUAGCUGCCUUAAGAGUUUAAAUACAUUGAGCAUGCCGUUCCUAAAAUCAUUAGGACUAAAUGCUUUCUUGCACAGUUGCUACUGGGGUGCAGAUUAUUAUUUUCAAAUCCCUCCCCUCAACUCAGUGAGAGCAGAUAUUGAACAUUGGGCACUGCAGUUUAUUUUCUAGUUGGCAAAUUUAGUUUUGUUCUCUUAGCUUGGGCCUUAAUGGAUCAUCUUGGUGAGCAGAGGUGCUGAAAGAUUGGGCAUCAAAUUGACUGAGGUCUACCUCUUGAAUGCAAGUGAGCUAAUGUAGUUCAUCAUGAGUAUAUUCUACAUCAGCCAGGUUCUGCUACAAAAUCUGAAAAUCCUUUAGGGAAAGAUGUCCAUUCUUUACUAAAUUACAUGGUCAGUACUGAUGAUAUUUUCCAAUAUAUGUUGGCUUGGACAUC